UUUGUAUUUUUAUUUUAAUUGCAGCCACCCGGAACACCAGCACGUCCAGGCGGUAAUCAACCCAGACCACCACCAAGAGGCGAACCAGGACCAGACCACGUCCACAUGCCCGGUAUGCCCUUCGAAUUUGAAUAUGCCGUCAACGAUGUCGAAACCGCCAACGACUAUGCCCACAAGGCCAACAGCGAUGGCGAUGUGGUGACCGGUGAAUAUCGCGUCCAACUGCCCGAUGGCCGCACCCAAGUGGUACGCUACACCGCCGACUGGAAGACUGGCUAUCAUGCAGAUGUCAGCUAUGAAGGUGAACCUCAAUAUCCUCAGGGACCCGGUGGCAGACCCGGCUAUAAAUACUGAUUCGUGACUCCAUAACAUGU